AUGGACGACGUCUCUAUCAACCAUGACCUGAUUGAUAGCAGUGACCACGGUAAUGGUGAUGAUUACUUGUGCUUUAAAGAAGAUGACACUGAUGAAUCCCAUUGUAUGUAUGUCAUGAAUGUAAUAUUGAGUGGCACUGCACGCCUCAAUGUUCUUUUACCUACAGCCACCAUUCUUUGUUUCGCCAUAUUUGCUCCUCUCCUUACCAAUGAUGGCAUAUGCACCGACUUCAGCCGCUGGCUGAUGGGUUUCUUCAUUGCCCUUUCAGCAGCCUCCUGCAUCAUUUUCACCUUCACUGAUAGCUUUAAAACAGCGACAGGCAGGUUAUACUAUGGAGUGGCCACAUUUCGGGGAAUCUGGACUUUCAAUGGUGGCCGGAAGAGGCCUUGCGUUCCAUCUGAUUAUAGGCUGAGGUGGGCUGACCUCUUCCAUGCAUCAGUUUCUCUGGUUGCAUUUCUAACAUUUGCAGGUUCACAUAAUGAUGUAGUGGGUUGUUAUUAUCCAGCAAUGCCUAAGAGGAUCACCAACAACCUUCCUCUGGUGGUUGGGUUUGUAGUAUCUAUCUUCUUUGUGCUGUUUCCUUCCAAGAGAAGGGGAAUUGGUUAUCCUUUCUUGCUGACGAGAGAUGCUUUGUACACUAGAUGUUAA